CGGAAAGACUAGGCAAGACCCAUUUUCACCUUUUUGUUUUUCGUAAAAAGCAGAAGAAUGACAGGGUUUGAAGAUUUAGCAGAAGGUUGCAUUUCCUCCAUACUGUCACGUACGACUCCUGUUGACGCCGGCAGACUCUCCGUCGUUUCGAAGACUUUCCUUUCUGCCGCCGAUUCCGAUGCCGUCUGGAAUCACUUUCUUCCUUCCGAUGUCAACUCUAUCAUCUCACAGUCACCUUCUCUAGCAAAUGCUCCUUCCAAAAAGGCUCUCUAUCUUACCCUAUCCGAUCGACCUAUCAUCAUCGACGAUGCCAAAAAGAGCUUUCAAUUGGAUAGAAAGAGUGGAAAAAAGUGUUACAUGCUUGCUGCUAGAUCUCUCCACAUUAUUUGGGGUGAUGAUGACCGCUAUUGGAUCUGGACUGCUAUGCCUGAUUCCAGGUUCCCCGAAGUUGCUAAUCUUCGUCUUGUGUGGUGGCUCGAAAUUCGUGGGAUGAUUAACAAUCUUGCCUUGUCUCCAAAUACUCAGUAUGCAGCUUAUCUCGUGUUCAAAUUGAUUGAUGGCUAUGGGUUUGAGACCCUUCCUGUGGAUUUAUCUGUCGGUGUCGAAGGUGGCCAUAGUAGUACUAAAAUUGUCUGUUUGGAUCCAAAUGUCGAACGCAGGCAGAACAGCAGACAUGCAAGAUUUUACGGUCGUGCUGACAGAGUAGUAGGAUUGCCGCGUCCUGGUGUGAGAAGUGAUGGGUGGUUGGAGAUUGAGAUGGGAGAGUUCAAUUCAGGCCUUGAAAAUGAAGAAGUCCAGAUGAGUGUUAUCGAGAUAAAGGCUGGUGAGACCAAGGGGAAUUUCUUUCUUGAAGGAAUAGAAGUUAGGCCUAAGGUAGACAAUUAAGCAACAUUAUUAUACCAUGGGUCUUGUGUCUUGGAUGGUAGAAUAGUGCUUGAAGAUUUGUAGUUUCAGCUUUUCAUCAUACUAUGUAACAUACUCUGUUUAAAUUGUCUCUUCCUAAAAUAUAUGAAUAAUAUAAUAAGUUACAUGCUAAUUAUAA